UAGACAGUGAUUACAGCUUCCAGCAGAUCUUUAUUACUUUUAUAUGGGCCUCAUUAAAAAUGAAAGAAGCGAGCUGAUUGUAUGGACAACUUUUCCUAUGAACAGGUUUUCUUAAAGGGGUACUCCUGUGGCCAAUGUGUUUUUUCAGUUUCUGCUUACCCUUGCAGAUUGAAGCUGAUAAAGAUCACAGCUGUGGUGUUGCUCUUGCUCCCUGACUCACAUGCAGCGGUGCCAAAAAAAUGUGCGCUCAAUUCAAAAGGAGAUACGUCUGUGAGCGUGAAACACGGAGAUGUAAUGUUGGCCGGGAUCUUUCAGCUCACGUAUACAAGUCAUUAUGUAGUAAGGAACCAGAAGGUUUAUCCCCCAGAAGAUAAUAUAUGUGAUAUCGUUCAUAUUCAAUACUUACGUCAUUUCCUUGCAUUGGAUUUUGCUAUUGAAGAAAUAAACAAAAACACAGAUAUUCUUCCCAACAUCACUCUGGGAUAUGAUAUUUAUGACACCUGCUACUUUCCUGAGCAAGCAAUGCAAGCCACAAUGAGAGCUCUGUCAGGAGGUGUAAAGCACCAUUGGAACUACAGGUGCGGUGACAAUGGUAAAAUUAUAGCAUUUAUUGGACAUCUGCUUCCUACUCCAUCAGAAGCAAUAUCACAGAUACUUAAUCUAUAUGGAUACCCACAGAUAAAUUAUGGCGAACAUUUUAACAGCAAAAUGGAUUUUCCAUUCUUGUACCGCACUGCAUAUGGGCCAAAUGCUGUGAACAAAGCUAUAGUAAAGUUACUAAAAUACUUUGGUUGGACAUGGAUUGGAAUACUUACUAAUAAUGAAGAUGAACUGCUGAAAUCCAGUGAAAAUCUUAAGGAGGAAAGUUUAAAAAAUGGAAUUUGUGUGGCAUUUAUGUUUACUAUGUCUGAAAAUAUACCUGAAAUAGACUACAAUCUUAUUAAAAAGUCAACAUCAAAAUCCGGAGCAUUUCCUCAAAGAUUGGCCUUUGCGACCACCACGUCCGGGAAACGCACACACUUAGAAAACUUGGGAGAGGCGUCCCUAGGUGUGAAUUCCACCUCUCCUCGAUUGACCACACCAGUUCAAGACUAUACCUCUACCAGUGCUUUGUUCUUUGCCUCAGCCUUUCUGGACUCGGGUUCUGCUGGAAACUUUAUCAACGCCUCCCUGGUCCACGAAUACAGUGUCCCGGUCACACGGUUCGUUCAGCCAUUGUACAUUUCUUCUAUCAACGGAGAAUGCCUAAACUAUGCGGUGCAAUUCCGCACUGAACCUCUUUUAUUGCAAGUGGGAGUAUUGCACAAGGAGAAGAUUGAGUUCUAUGUGCUUUGUCAUUGUACUUCAGAACUUCUUCUCGAACUGUUUGAUCGCCUGCAGGGUGCCAAGAUCUUCUCUAAGCUGAAUCUGCGAGGAGUGUACAACCUCAUCAGAAUAUGGGAAAGAGACAAAUGGAAGACAGCUUUUAGUACCCGUGAUGGGCACUUCAAGUACCUUGUGAUGCCAUUUGGUCUCUGUAACGCCCCGGCUGUUUUCCAAGAAUCCAUCAAUGACAUCUUCUGUGAUCUUCUCUACACACGUGUUGCAGUCUAUCUGGAUGAUAUCCUGAUUUUCUCACCCAACUUGGAGCUACAUCGUACACAUGUGCGGUAG